UAAAACCAGUCAGGCAGUACUUCUGCAAGGUGUAUCUUCGCUUUGGUAUCUCGUAAAUUCUGUCACGAAUUUGGUAGUUGUUUGGAUAACAUUUCAUACAGUAAAAUGCGUCUAAAUGAGUAGAGAUAAAGUUAUGUGGUGAUUAAUUAAAAAUUACUUGUGUUGUAAGCGUUCGAAAGGAUCUUAUGGAAGAAAUAAUGGUUUUGUGUGUGUUUUACUGUCGCGAAUGGGAAACGCAUGCUCAGUCGAAAUUCUGUGCGAUGGUUUGAUUAGCGGGUUGUCCGAAAUCAUUUAACGUUUCAAUUUUUACCUAAUUUUUGGUGUUUUAUCCUUUAUGACUCGUUAAAUACGAAUGUGAAAAUAAUGUACCGUUAGCCGCACAACGUCCUCCGGUGGUUUUCAGUAAUGUGUUUUCUGUGCGCGAACAAAUAGACCGAUGUGAUUACAGUUUGUUUUUAAUUUUUAAGAAAACAACAAGAACGUAAUGUACGCAAAAGGGAAAGGCUCGACCGUACCCUCCGAUGCACAGGCACGAGAAAAUAUUAUGCAGGUUGGCGCUAUACGUCUACGAAUAUUUGCUUCAUGUCGGUGCACAAAAAGCCGCUCAAACGUUUCUCUCGGAGAUACGCUGGGAGAAAAAUAUAACGUUAGGGGAACCGCCGGGAUUUCUGCAUUCUUGGUGGUGUGUAUUUUGGGACUUGUACUGCGCCGCCCCCGAAAGGAGAGACACAUGCGAACAUUCAUCAGAAGCAAAAGCCUUCCACGAUUAUGGUUUUGUCAACUCUGGGUAUGGUGUAAAUGGUAUUGCACAUAAUGCGGGCCCAGCACCUAGUCCUCUUGGUCAAAUGCCACCGAAUGACGGCAUGCCAGGCGGUCCAAUACCACCCGGUUUCUUCCCAAACUCUACCAUGAGGCCCUCGCCGCCAACGCAUCCCUCUAACCAACCGUCUCCACAUUCGCAAGCUCCACCUCCUCACUCUCAAAUGAUGUCGUCACAACCGUUUAUGGGACCUCGUUAUCCGGCAGGUCCACGGCCAGGAGUGAGAAUGCCUCCACAAAUAGGCAACGAUUUUAAUGGGCCGCCAGGACAGCCGAUGAUGCCCAACAAUAUGGACCCGACGAGGCAAGGUGAAGGCGGAGAAUUUGUAGGUUGGCAAGGCCCUCCAGGAAUGAAUCCUAUGAAUCCACGUAUGAACCCCCCUCGUGGUCCUUCUAUGGGUCCAUUGGGUCCUGGAUCCUAUGGUCCCGGUUUAAGAGGACCCCCACCUAAUAGCAGUUUAGGUCCAGGAGGUCCAAUUCCGCCUAUGUCAAUGACUGGCCCUGGUGGUCGGCCACAGUGGCAACCGAAUACAUCGACGCCUAUGAAUUACUCCUCCUCGUCACCUGGCAAUUACGGAGGACCACCAGGGUCGGCAGGUCCACCGGGUCCUGGUACUCCCAUCAUGCCAAGCCCUCAAGAUUCUUCAAAUUCUGGCGGUGAAAACAUGUAUACCCUUAUGAAACCUGCAGUGGGCGGCAAUAUGCCCGGAGAGUUUCCGAUGGGAAGUGGGCCAGAGGGCGGGCCGAUGGGUCCCAUGGGACCUAACUCAAUGGGACCUGUGUUAAACGGUGAUGGUAUGGACGGUAUGAAAAAUUCACCUGCAAACGGCGGACCCGGUACACCGCGAGAGGACAGCGGAAGCGGAAUGGGGGACUACAACUUAACGGGAUUUGGUGGCCCUGGUGAAAACGACCAAACGGAAUCGGCCGCUAUUUUGAAAAUUAAAGAAAGCAUGCAAGAGGAGGCCAAGAGGUUUGAGAAAGACUCGGACCACCCUGAGUAUUUCAUGCAAUAAUUACUCCCUCACUGGCCUCUUUGGCUGGUGUACACCUCCGCCUCUCUUCCUUCCUAACCUACUAACCUGGGCGAUGGUGUGCUCUUACUGCCCUCAACCCGUGGUGCCGCGAGCACGCCCAGUUUUAAGUGUUUUUACUUUGGCUGUCACUAGUCAUCGUAUUUUCUGUUUUACAGAUUUUCCUUUGAAGACAGAACAUUGGGGAUAACGAUUGGAACAGGUGUAAUUUAGGUGUAUUAAUGAACCUGGGUGGGCACGCUACCUGUUCCUUCCUUCUAUCCACCGGCCUAGGCCAGGUGGGAUGUAUUCACGGGGCCUAGCGUUUUUUUAUGUACCUAUCUACUGUCUACUUAAAUGUGUCUACAUUCCUCUUCGGGGCAGAUUAUAGAUGCAUUAUGGACACCCACUACUUCACACCAUGUGUAAAAUUAGUCAUUUUUUAAAUUUUUACCUUAGCUUCGAAAAAAGAGACUCUUUAAUCUGCCUCGGCCUAGUGUGGUUUUGGAAGAAUUUUUAAGUUUUGUUAUAAAUAAAAUUUAUAUCACGCAAACUGUGUAAUAACCAAUGCAUUUGUCCCAUUUGGUUUAUGUUGUUAUACAUUUCAUUUUAACUUUUUGUCAAUCAUUGUGACUACUAUUCACAUUUAGAUUAAUACGAAUUAAUUUAAUUUAUAAAUUCUAUUCUUGAGAAAAUAAAUAAUAACUUUAA